AUGACUACUUACACUGCAUACACACAAGAGGGGCCAACUGACAUCAAGGCCCUCGGUACGGAGAACUACCAGCUUCAGGUUGCAAAAUCCGUAGCCGGUAGUGAUGGAAAGCCCUCCUUCAAUGUCGUAUACUCAUCCCAUUUCCUUGCGCCCAAUAUGACUGUCUCUUGGUCCGUGAACUACGGGCUGAAUUGGACCGCAGGCAUUCCCAACAAGGGCGAGAAAGUUGAAUACGGGGGCGUUUGGCAAUCAUGUGCCCUCGGAGAUUCUUUCAAUCUUGACCAGGGCGGCGAAUGGAUUACAAACCAAAAUAACCCCAAAGCCAAGCCAGACGCGCUGAAUGUUGGUAAAAACGGCUAUCAGAUUGCAGUGAACAUUAUCGUGGGUGUUCAAGAUGAAAGUGGUAACUACAAACCAAUUUGGGUUAGCCCAGACAAGCUGUUAAAUAAUUCCAGCGGGGAAUAUGAGCCUUUUCAGGCUGUCCAAAUUUGGUAUCAGGAGAACAAUCAGACCUCAACCAUGAUAGGCACACAGGAGACUCCGUCCCAGAACUUCACAUAUCAGGAUACCACUACCUUUCAGUACUUCUCGUACGACGCCCAAGCAGGUAAAUGGAGGACGAACCAAAAGGUUCCAUUUACCAAUCUUCCCUAG